CGCCGCAGGCAGACAUGGGCCCGCCCACGGCGCCCGUGUUCGCCGCUCUGGUCGCUCUGGUACUCGCAUCGGCUGCACCACCGUCUUCUACACCGAGCACCACUGUAGGAACUACGGAGCGGCCAUGGAACAGAGGAAAGAGAUUCAUGAACCAGCUAGCACAGCUGUUAGACGCCAGAGUGAAAGACUAUGGAAUCUUCCGGUUGCCUCUUCACGACUACACCCAAGAACUGAAUCGAACGGUCUACGGUAUUAAGCUCGAAGGCAAAAUGAUGUUCCGCUAUGGCUUCAUAAUGAGUCUUGAUAGGAUUGCAUUUGAGCCAAGAGAAUAUCAACUCAACGAAAUGCAUGGCAUCACCUACAUCAGGGGCUCAUUCAAGCUACAAAAUUUAACCAUCUUCUACGAUCUGUCGGCUCGCCUGAAACACCAAGGACCCAUCAUCGGUACAGCCAAACACGUAUUCGAAACUUGUGGCAUCGAGGUCAGGGUGUGGAAACCACCGUCUGAGCGUCCCCACUACGCUCUCAACGUGAAGCAUGUCCAGUCUGCGAGGCACACGGAUUACUUACCAGACACACCUGUCACCAGGGCAAUGGCCAGAGUGGUAGCUUGUCAACUACAACCACUCGAAAAAGAUCAAGUAAAACGGAAGCAUACUGAUGAUGCCACAGUGGUGCUGAAACAUGUUUGGAUACUUGGAAGAAACGGUGUUUUGCAUAACUGGCGGACCUAACAUCCUACAAUUUUAACUGCAAACACGGUAAAGACAUGGAGCUGCAAGUCGAAAUGAUCAGUAUACACGGAA